AUGACGAUUGUUGAAGAUUUGCUUGCUUCGUUCGGUUGGGGGGUCGUCGUUGCAGGGGUGAUUAAUGCCAUCCCAAAUUAUUACAAGACCUUCUGGCAGGAUCAGAAGAAGCAGCAGCACGAGAAGGAGCUUGCCGACAAGAAGGACAAGCGGGAGGAAGCUGAAUCGGCUGCCGGAAAGAAGAAGAUCGCCGAUGAAGCGAAGCUCCAAGCCCUCGAGCAGGGAAGGAAGGCCCGGGCCGUCGACCAUGUAAUUUUCGACAAGGAACGGAACGCCCUCGGGGCCAAGGUGGAACAGGCUGAACAGCGCGCCAAAGACCUUGAACGUCAGUUGGCAACCGCUCGUCGGGAGAGGGCCGUCGCUCUUUACGAGAGAAACGUCGCUCGUCAGGAGAGGGACAACGCUCGUCAGGAGAUGGACGCCGCUUUCGAUGAGCGGGACGCCGCUGUCGAGGAGCGGGACGCCGCUGUCGAGGAGCGGGACGCCGCUAUUGAGGAGAUAGACGCCGCUCUCGAGGAGAGGGACCAGGCCAACGUCCGCGCAAUGGACGCCUGCAUUCGCGAGGUAGCGGUCGCGAGUCAGUUACGUGAGAGAGACCCAACGAGGGGUCAGGUUCGGCCGGAGAGGAAGCGAAAGUCCGAAUAA